CAAGAAUGUUUGUAUGGACACUUCUUACUUGUAGAGUAAUCCCAAAAGCAUCUAACCUUACUGGGCCUUUAAUUUGUAGAUCCGUCUGCGAUGGUCCAAAGAUCUUCCGUUCACGCCAGCUGGUGGCGACAUGCAGCCUGACUUCUCAAAGAGGCAAAACAAAGCAGGCUGAAGCGGAUCGGACGCGCAGUGGAAGCGGAUCGGCCCGGGAGUGGAAGCGGGCAGCCCGCUGGCUUUGCGAGGAUGGCAGAUUCGUAUUUUCACGUGCAGCUGACGGCUAUUCUGGACGUGCUGCUUAAAACAGCCGCUGUGGACAUUUGUGCUCUGGCUGACAGCGUCUUCACAUCCCUACAGAGGGAAAUAGAGAGAUGUACGUGUGAAAACGAGGAGCUGAGGCGACAGCUGCGGAGUUUUACUGCGGAGCAGAACGGCUUAUCUGACAGAGAAGCAGCUCCGCUGAAAACCGAGGAGAGAAGCAGCAGAGCAGCAGAGGAUGGAGGGAGGAAAGCUCGCGAUCGUAGGCCACAGGCCUGUAAUGUGGAGACUGAUGCGGGAACGGUCAAUAGUGGUCAGCAGCUGCAGAAGCAGAGCGCUGCGUCGGCGGGAGUUAAAGAGGAGGUGACGGAGGUGUACGUUACUCAGAGUGUGGAGAGCAGGGUGCAUGAUGUGUCCAGUGAUGGAGUUCCAGUCGCAGACAGAAAUGCUCAGCUUUCUGACCUCAGUCCUGACCUCAAGACAGAAUCGGAGAAGUCUGAGUCAGUGUUCCACAGUUCACAGCCUGACUGGAACGACUGCAGCAUUACAGACUAUGAGGAAGAAAGAGAGGGACAGCAGGAGAACCAGAACACUCAAAUUAGGCCAUACACUAAUUCUAAUGGAGAGGGGGAAGAGAGAGAGACGGAAAAAGAACAGCUUCGACGGGAAACCUGCCCGCCACAGGAACCAGAUUUACACUGUACCUUCAUACAGAUUGAUGGAACUGUAACUACCUCUGUCCCUGAGAGGCAGACAGGAAGUACAUUUGCUUGUGAUAUUUGUGGAAAAGUAGUUUUGUCAGAACAAAGACUGAGAGUGCACGUUAAAACACACGCGACCCUGAGGCCCUACACGUGCUCUCAGUGUGGGAAGAGUUUCACUCGUAAGGCGACCUUGAAUUUCCACCAGAACAUCCACAGAGGCGUGAAACCAUAUGCCUGCAGUGUCUGCCCGAAGUCGUUUGCCGACCCAAGUGCUCUACGCAGGCACAAAUCCAUACACAAGGUGGUUCGUUAGGGCUGGAGCAUUUCUCCUUGCUUGUAUGUAGAGUGGUACAAGCAAACUGGCAGGGCCCAUAUCCUACAUUUAUUUAUUUUUAAGUCCACCUAUUUAUUUAAUUUUUCCAUUUUUAAUGAGUGUUUAACAGAUGGCAUGAGUUAUGAAGCUUUAUUUAUCAUUGCAGUAGUCUAUAUCAUGAUAGAGUAAUAGCCAUUGUUUCUACGCUCAUUGUCCAUUUGAUCAGCUCCACUUACUGUAUAGCUGGUCUUUGUAGUUCUACAGUUACAGACUGUAGUCCAUCUGU